GCCUCUCAAAGCAGUUCCUCCACCAGUCUGAUCGAAGCGACGGGAAGAUGCACCCGGCUGGCCUGACAGGCUGGGUGGCAAUGCUCGCUGUGUUGCCGCUAUGUGGUGGCUCCCAUCGUCUGCCCACGUGGGUGGUGCCGACACAAUAUACUCUCGAUAUCCUGGUGCGGGUCGAUCAGCCCUACCAGCCCUUCGAGGGCGCAGUUUCCAUCCAAAUGCAAGUGGAGAAGCCCGUUAAGAGAUUCCAGUUGAAUUCCCUUGGCCUUGAGGUCAAAAUCAUGGGCGUUAAAUUGACAUUGAAGUCUCCAGUCCGAAGGGUUCCAAUCGAGUCCGUACAGUUCAACGAGAAAGCAGGUCAGAUGACCAUUACUGCUCAGGUGGUGCUUUCGGCGAACGCCACCUACGUCCUUAGUGUGUCCUUCAACAGUGUCCUGCGAAAAGAUAACGUCGGACUGUUCAGUAGCUCCUACGUGGACCAGAACACCACUCUGACUCAGUGGAUGGCGGCCACCUACUUCGAGCCGAUCUUUGCCCGGCAGGCCUUCCCCUGCUUCGACAACCCCAUGUUCCGGACCCCGUUUACCAUCCGAGUGGGUCAUCCCGCCCAGUUCCGGGCACUAUCCAACAUGGGGGCAUUGGGCAUUACGCGUCAUUCCAAAUUAAAAGGGUAUGUGUGGACUUCCUUCGCAAGUACUCCGCCCAUUCCCACGUACAUGGUGGCCUUUUCAAUCUUCCAAUUCGACGUUCCGGGCUCCAUCACCCAGCAACGUCCGGAAUCUCCCAUCAGCAUCUGGGCCCGGCCGGAUGCUCUAGCCCAGACGGCCUAUGCCACCCAGGUGGCGCCUCAGCUGUUCGUCUUCUACGAGAAGCUCUUUGGCAUUAAGCUGUACUUCUCCAAGAUCGAUCUGCUGGCUGUGCCGGACGCGGAUUACUGGGCGCGGGAGAGUCUGGGCCUGUGGACCUUUGCCGAGUCGGCCAUUCUGUUUGACAGCCAGCGGAGCACCCUGGCGGACCAGCAGGGCGUGGCCCGGGCGGUGGCCAUAUCGGUGGUGCGUCAGUGGUUCGGCCAUCUCGUCUCCGUCACCCGGUGGCAGGAGCUCUGGCUGAAGAACGCCUUUGCCCUGUACUUCUCCACCUACGGAGUGGACGCCCUGACUCCCGAGUGGGAGUACAAGGAGCGUUACGGAUUGAAGCUGUAUUUCGGAGUCCUGGAGACCGACUCGUACACACACACGGAUGUGGUGGCCGCGCCGGUGUCCAGUGAGUCGCACAUCGAGACGGCCUUCCUCGAGAACGGGGAGCGCAAGGCGGCCGUUCUGCUGAGCAUGCUGAGCCACAUGGUGGGCGAGGAGGCGUGGAAUGCGGGUGUGAAGCGCUACCUCACCGUGAAUGCCAAUCAGAGCGCUUCGGCGAGGGACUUCUGGGAGGUCCUGCAGCUGCAAUGGGACCGAGACGUCCGCCUCGGCAAGGGACUCAACAUCACCCGGAUCAUGGACAGUUGGCUGAGCUAUCCGGGCUAUCCCUUGUUGACCGUCACCCGUAACUAUGGCCAGAAAUCGGCCCUGGUAGUGCAGCAGAGGUUCCACAUAAGCCCCCAGGCAGAGCAGAAGAAGGAGGAUAACAAGCCCCAGCAGCCCCCAUGUUGGUGGAUACCGCUCACCUACACCUGCGGCAGCUGCAAAGACAAAGGCAACAGCUCGGUGCCUCGACACUGGCUGACCUGUCCCACCAGUGACGGCAGCAGUCGACCCGUUCCCGCGAUGAUGCGCGACGUGGUGGAUGGUCCCACGGACUGGCUGCUUCUCAACAUCCGGCACUCGAGUCCCUUGCGGGUCAACUACGAUCUGCGGAACUGGGAGCUGAUCAACAAGACCCUGUCGAGUCCAGAGACCUUGCGCUCCAUUCAUCGCGUAGAUCGCGCAAAGCUGGUGGACGACAUCCUGAACUUGGCCUGGAGCGGGGUGAUGGACUACCCCACGGUAUUUGGCAUGCUCGGCUUCCUGGAGCACGAGGACGAGUAUGUGGUGUGGGAUGCCACGGUUACCAACUUCGAGAGGAUCAAUAAUGUGGCCAAAAGGCAUCACAGCUACCUCAUCUUCAAGACUUUUAUGCGGAAUUUGGUCAAGGGACAAUUCGACAAGGAGUUCGGCGCGAACCGGACCAUAAAUAAAGAGGAGAAGGUGUCCCAUCGACCGGUCAUCCUGCAGCUAGCCUGCCAAUAUGAGCUGCCCGCCUGCCUGAGCCUGGCCCGGAGGGAAUUCGCCGAAAUUAGUGCUGCGCCGUGGCCGAGAGAGGGCGGCUGGAUGAGCAUUCGGGAACAGGAGACCGUGUUGUGUACGGCCGUGCGCUUUGGCACGGACGUGGACUGGGACGUGGUCGAUGGCCUCUAUCAGCGUUCCAACUUCACCGCCGAACAGGAGUCCCUGCUCUCGGCCCUGGCCUGUUCCCGGAACAUAUACGCUCUGGAACGAAUGCUCAAGUCGUCGUUUCAGAGUGACGGAGUUCGGAAAUCAAAAAGAGCUUUCCGGGCCAUUGUCUCGAAUCCCCUGGGGUAUCGAAUAGCCAUCGAUUAUAUCUCGGAAAACAUCCAACUUGUGAAGAACUUUUGCAACAAUUCAACCACCAGUGUGGUGGAUUUAAUGAAACCUUUGGCGGAGAAUCUCAUAAUGGAGAGCGAAUUGCAGUUCCUGGAGAAGUCCCUGACCGGGCAACUAAAGGAUAUUGCGGGGAUUGACGAGAUGAUGAAGUUACUCCUUGAACAGGGCAGCAACAACAUUCACUGGCUUAGCUCUAAAUACGAACCGAUGCUGAGGGCUAUCAGGGAUAUAUCACUCUGGAAGUAUCAGAGUUGAGAGCCCGUAGUACCCAUCCCACUGAGUUGUAAGAAUAAUAAACCAUAUAGUAUUUAGAUUUUUA